UUCGGAGAGAGUAGUAGCAAUCUCGUUUCCGGCGGCGAUCGGCGAUCCUUGUCGUCCCUCCCGCGAGGUCUCGCUUCUGCAACAAUGGCCGAGGCGAGAACAGAGCAAGCGCCGCCGCUGGUGCAGAGGCAGACGCCGGCGGCGAGCGGCAUGCCGGACUUCAAGCAGUCGGUGAAGCUCAAGUACGUGAAGCUGGGGUACCACCACCUCAUCACCCACGGCGCGUACCUUCUGCUGGUGCCGCUGCCGGGGCUGGUGGCGGCGCACCUCUCGACCUUGACGCUGCGGGACGUGGCGGACCUGUGGCAGAGCCUGCAGUACAACCUGGUGUCCGUGGUGGUCUGCUCCACGCUGCUCGUGAUCGCCGCCACGGCGUACGUGCUGACGCGGCCGCGGCCCGUGUACCUGGUGGACUUCGCGUGCUACAAGCCCGACGAGGAGCGCAAGUGCAGCCGCGCGCGGUUCAUGAACUGCACCGAGUCCCUGGGCACCUUCACGCCGGAGAACAUCGAGUUCCAGCGCAAGAUCGUCGAGCGCUCGGGGCUGGGCGACGACACGUACCUCCCGGAGGCCGUGCUCAACAUCCCGCCCAACCCGUCCAUGGCCAACGCGCGCAAGGAGGCGGAGAUGGUCAUGUUCGGCGCGCUGGACGAGCUGUUCGCCAAGACGGGCGUCCGGCCCAAGGACAUCGGCAUCCUGGUCGUCAACUGCAGCCUCUUCAACCCGACGCCGUCGCUGUCCGCCAUGAUCAUCAACCACUACAAGCUCCGGGGCAACAUCGUGGGCUACAACCUCGGCGGCAUGGGCUGCAGCGCGGGGCUCAUCUCCAUCGACCUCGCCAAGGACCUGCUGCAGUCGCACCCCAACACCUAUGCCGUGGUCAUCAGCAUGGAGAACAUCACCCUCAACUGGUACUUCGGCAACAACCGCUCCAUGCUCGUGUCCAACUGCCUCUUCCGCAUGGGCGGCGCGGCGAUCCUGCUCUCCAACCGCGGCUCGGCGCGGCGCCGCUCCAAGUACCAGCUGGUGCACACGGUGCGCACCCACAAGGGCGCCGACGACCGCUGCUUCGGCUGCGUCACCCAGCGCGAGGACGAGGACGGCAAGGUGGGCGUGUCGCUGUCCAAGGACCUGAUGGCCGUCGCCGGGGACGCGCUCAAGACCAACAUCACCACGCUGGGCCCGCUGGUGCUGCCCAUGUCGGAGCAGCUGCUCUUCUUCGCCACGCUCGUCGCGCGUAGGGUCCUCAAGCGCAAGGUCAAGCCCUACAUCCCGGACUUCAAGCUGGCGUUCGAGCACUUCUGCAUCCACGCCGGCGGGCGCGCGGUGCUGGACGAGCUGGAGAAGAACCUCAAGCUGACGGACUGGCACAUGGAGCCCUCCAGGAUGACGCUGCACCGGUUCGGCAACACGUCCAGCAGCUCGCUCUGGUACGAGCUCGCCUACACCGAGGCCAAGGGCCGGAUCAAGAAGGGCGACCGCACCUGGCAGAUCGCCUUCGGGUCCGGCUUCAAGUGCAACAGCGCCGUGUGGAAGGCGCUCCGGUCGGUGAACCCGGCCAAGGAGAAGGGCCUCGGGAACCCCUGGAUGGAGGACGUCGAAAGCUACCCCGUGCCCGUCCCCAAGGUCUCGGUCGUCAGAUCCGCAUAAGUGUGCGCAGGCUGUUGCAGGCAUCGCCAUUGCCGUUGCCUGUCUUUUCAUCACAUCUGUAGUAAGAUUGUGUAUCGGUCUGCUAGCUGUUCUUACGUGAGGUGUAUUACUGACUAGCUGUGUUUAGUCUGGGGUAUUAUAUAUAGCGCGUGCGUGUUCGAGACGAGUGAUUAGGUGAUACUGUUC